GCCGAGCCGCAGCGUUCAGAGGCGAGUGGCAUUGUUGGGUCCUGCUGUGAUCCGGUGGAGGUGACUUGGCGUAGUUGAAUUCGCAGCAUCUUUGGAGUCGCUCAUAGGUCAAAAUGCAGAUCUUCGUGAAGACCCUGACCGGCAAGACCAUCACCCUGGAGGUGGAGCCCAGUGACACCAUCGAGAACGUGAAGGCCAAGAUCCAGGAUAAGGAAGGCAUCCCCCCUGACCAGCAGAGGCUCAUCUUUGCAGGCAAACAGCUGGAAGAUGGCCGCACUCUUUCUGAUUACAACAUCCAGAAGGAGUCGACCCUGCACCUGGUCCUCCGUCUGAGGGGUGGUAUGCAGAUCUUCGUGAAGACCCUGACCGGCAAGACCAUCACCCUGGAGGUGGAGCCCAGUGACACCAUCGAGAACGUGAAGGCCAAGAUCCAGGAUAAGGAAGGCAUCCCCCCUGACCAGCAGAGGCUCAUCUUUGCAGGCAAACAGCUGGAAGAUGGCCGCACUCUUUCUGAUUACAACAUCCAGAAGGAGUCGACCCUGCAUCUGGUCCUCCGUCUGAGGGGUGGUAUGCAGAUCUUCGUGAAGACCCUGACCGGCAAGACCAUCACCCUGGAGGUGGAGCCCAGUGACACCAUCGAGAACGUGAAGGCCAAGAUCCAGGAUAAGGAAGGCAUCCCCCCUGACCAGCAGAGGCUCAUCUUUGCAGGCAAACAGCUGGAAGAUGGCCGCACUCUUUCUGAUUACAACAUCCAGAAAGAGUCGACCCUGCACCUGGUCCUCCGUCUGAGGGGUGGCUGUUAAUUAUUCAGUCUUGCAUUCAUAAUGCCCAAUGAUGGCAUCACUCUGCACUCUAGCUAUUUGCCCCAGUUUAAGAUAGUUUCAGUAAUAGCUAAACUUGUUCAAAAUGUUAAUAAAGGUUUUGUUGCAUGGUA